GCACUUAUGAGGACACCAUUCUCAUGCUCCUGACAUCGCGCAGCAACAAUCAACGGCAGGAAAUUAAGGCGGCGUACAAGAAGGCCCACGGAAAGGUGAGACAGGAAGCUUACAGGUCUGAUUGAAGCCUACAGGUCAUGUCACCAACCUCAUCACUCAUCAGCCAAAACAAGUGGGUCUACCUGAAGGUUACCUAAGGGAAAACAAUAUAAAAAUGUUCUACUGUUACUGAAAAAGAGUAGAGCAUAUGCACACCCAAUGGCUUUGUGCAGGUGCUGGACAUCCAAGUAUGAAUUUCAAUACUGCCAAAAUGCUUUACUGUUACUCUCAAAUAUGGGGUUUAUUAGUAGGGGCAGAUUGGCAUGACAGUAUUGCCAUUGCGCAGAUGUCACGUAGCUAGCAGCACUGGGGCUGGGAGAGGUUUGGGACUUAUCCGUGAUGAAUAGCAUCUGUCCAACAGCUACAGUAUAGGCCCUCGUGAGAGUUCUGAAAUAUUAUGCAGUCAGACUCUCUCUCUCGUUCAAAUCGGCACUUCAAAAAUACCCAAAUCUAUGAUAAAUGGCUAAUAAAAAUCUAUUCCGAUGUACACUUCUGUUAGUACUGUGUUGAAAUGUCUGGUGGCUUAUCAUAACAAGAAAGCCAACAAUAAAUGUAGUCACAAUGGUGUCUGAUAACCCUCUCAAUCCAGUAUAUGUAUUAGGAGUGACUCAACUGAUGUUUUUUAGAGUCAAUACUAAUAAAUUGAACUCUCGCUCAUAAACCAAGUGUUGGUUUACACUUCUAUGUACAUGUUAUCAAAACACCUGUUAACCAAUCAAAUGUAUUGAUUGAAGUAAGGAUUUCUGCUCUGCUAUUCUUGGUGUUUUCAUAUUACUUUAACCAAACACUUCUUCCAUUGUCAAAGUUAUCAGAAUAUUAAUCAUACAAUAUUUAAAUAAUUUAAAUUAAUUGAUCGAGGUAAGGAAUUCGGCUCUGUUAUUCUAAAUAUUUUUGUUUUUGUUUUUUAAAGGUCCAAAGCAAACACUUUUUCCAUUGUUCAAAGUUAUGAGAAUUAUGGACUUUAUUUUAUCCUCAGGAUCUUGUGAAUAAUUCAAAUGUAUCAAUUGAGUAAGAGAUUUCGGCUCUAUUUGUUUAGAUAUUUCUUAUUAAAAAGAAAAGUCUAAAGCAAACACUUCUUCCAUUGUCUAAGUUCUCUUAAUAUUGACUUUAUUUUUCCACAGGAUCUUGUGAGUGCUUUAAAGUCGGAGCUGGGAGGUUUGUUCGAGAUGCUCGUUGUGGCGUUGAUAACUCCUCCCAUUUCCUAUGACGCCUCUCAACUCCAUAAAGCACUCAAGGUAAAGUACAGCAAUGUAUAGUCUAUGUUGGUUAUGGCUCCAAGAAUAAGUAAUGUAUUGUGCAGUCAGACAUGCGAGUCUACAUAGAAUGAAGGUAAAGUACAGUUUAAGGUAAAGUACAACAGUAUAUUGUGUAGAACAGACAUAUUUCUCUCUAUGUAGAAUUACGAAUUGUAUGGUAUUUUUACCAUCAGGUACAGUAUGUGCAGGAUAUUGGUCAUGUGUCUAGAUUAUUUCAGGUGAAUGUUAACAUGCUCCAUCGGUUAAUGGUCUUAAAUCUUCUAGCUCUCCUGAAGUAUUUUCUUCUUUCCCUGCAGAAAGCCAGUCCAUUAUAGGCUACACUAAUGAAGGUGUCGCACAAUAUGUGUGGCCAUGUUUUUCAUCUUCCAUGUAGCCUUGUUAGGUUUGUCCAAGACUUAGCAGCUUGUUAUGAUUGAAUACUAUAGUACUGCUAUGCUUUGGCAGGGUCAGAGUUAAAGGAAAACUCCACCCAAAAACAAUAUUUUGGUAUUUCUUUCAUUAGUCCAUUGUUGAUAUAGCCCCAAAAUGUUUUGCAUAUCAGCAAUCAAGUUUUCAAGAUAUAUAACUUUCAAAAUACAAAGAUAAAGCUGGUAUGAUGCAUUUUACAUAAAAAAGUUAUACCUGUAUAUCUUGAAAACUUGAUUGCUGACAUGUAAAACAUUUUGGGACUAUAUCAACAAUACACUAAGAAUGGCCAGCCAGGUAUUGAGUGGGCUUGUCUGAGGGUCUCUGACUGUUGUUCCCCAGGGGGUGGGGACUGAUGACGACGUGCUGAUUGAGAUCCUAGCAUCUAGGACCUGCGCCCAGAUUAAAGACAUCGUCAAAGUCUACAAGAAAGGUGAGAGGUUAAAUGUGUCAUGACACAUUCAUAACAUAUCCCACUGGUCAAAAACUGGCUGAAUCAACGUUGUUUCCAUGUAAUUUCAACAGACAAAUCUAAGUGGAAAACUGAUUGGAUUUCAAAAAAGUCAUCGGCAUAAGGGAAUUUAGUAUUUUUAACCUAAAUCCAAUGUCAUGGGUGACAUUUUUUGUUGAUUUCACGUUGAAUUCACAUUAGUUGGCAACUCAACCAAAUGUAAAUCAAAACUAGACGUUGAACUGAGGUCUGUGCCCAGUGGGAUUCAUUCAACAUCUACAAGAAAGGUGAGAGGUUAGGUUCCCCAAGGAAAACAGGUAACACCUUUAUGAGUGUUGCAGUAUCAUUCAUAAAAACAUCCAUAACAUGUUUAUUCAACAGUAGAGAGAAGUUAAGCUGAACACAAUCCACAUGAUUUGUCACAGUCCAUCAAGUAAAAUGACACAUUCCACGUGUUGCAUCCAAUCUGCAUAACCUGGAUACCGUACUGCUUCUACUUUCAAAUGCUGGAUCGGUGCCUUGCCUAAAGCUAAAGCGGUGACAAAUUGGCUCCCAGAAUACAAUAUGACCACCGGUCGUCCACAUAUUGUGGAACCUUGCUUUGAAUCUGAAUGUCUGUUUGUUCCACUCAUUCUUAUUCUAGAUGUUUCUGUCGCUGGGCUAUGAGAGCGGUCUGAUACCUUGCUUCAAACGAAGGAUGAAGGAAAGUUAUAUGGACUUGGUAUAGGAUAGACAGGAUUACCAUGCAUUGUUGACCACCAAUGUAACCUAAUGGUAGUUCUGUGCUCACCCCUGACUAGGUUCAUACAUUUGUUCACUAUGCUUCUUAAUAUAGAGCUGUCCAAUCAAACUUUCUACCCUCAGGGCAGCCCAUCAGAAUGUGUUCACCUCAGUGCAGAUCAACCCCUAGAACUUAAAAUAAACACUAUAUCAACCGCAUCAAGUACCCAGUCUAUUUUCAAGAGUACGUUCCUAGUCCUGCAUCUUCAGCCAAUAGACACAGCGAGGGUCUAGCACAACAGCCUGGUCCCAGAUCUGUUUGUGCUGCCUUGUCAACUCCAAUGGUCAUUGUCAUGCCAUUGUCACAGAGCACAAACAGAUCUGAACCAGGCUACUGGCACAAUAGGCCAAGGAUAAGAGCCACCCUGGCCAUCUGAGAUGGACACUGGAGAAGCCUGAUCCAUCUGUUACCCUGCUAAUCAAAUUCCCCUGGCGGAGACCUUUGGCUAAACAGAACACGUCCAGUCUGGGUCGAUUGCUGCCAUUAGCAACCAUUGUCAGAUAUAAGUGUAAACAAUCUUCUGCCCUUCCUCCUCUUCUCAUCUUUCUCAGAGUGCGGCGGCAAGCUGGAGAAAGAUAUCACCGGUGACACCUCGGGCCACUUCCAAAAGCUUCUAAUAACGCUUCUGCAGGUAAUCGAAGAGAGAAGGAAGAAUGAGAGAGGGAUGAGGAGAGAGAGGGAUGAGGAGAGUGAUGAGGAGAGAGGGAUGAGGAGAGGGAUGAGGAGAGGUAUGGGAGAGAAAGGAUGAGGAGAGGGAUGAGAUAGCAGAAUCAUAGACCCGUGCUGAAAAAGGGGGGGGUUCCAAAGCCGGGGGACUUUUCCCCAAAACAAAUGACCAAAGGUUUUAAUUGGGAAUUUUUUAAAGGUUUUGUUUUAAAUUUUACUAAAGUUUCUGUCCUGGUUAAGGGGGUUUUUUCCCCUUUUAAAAAAAAAUUAAAAUUUUGGGAAAAAGAAGGUUAUAUGGGCCCCCCAACCAAAUUUUUUCUCACCCGCUAUUCAUACUUUUCAUUCCCCCUUAAAAAAGGAAACAAAUUUUACCCCCGCCCCAAAAUUUUUUCCCCCAUGGCAACCCCUUUAAAAAAAAUUUAACCCCAUCCCCCAUUUUCAAGAAGCCACCGUUUUUCCAAAAGAAAGCGGGGCUACCAAAAAAACCCUGGUCCCCAAACUUUUUUUUUCCUUUGCAAACCCCAAAAUUUUUUUUCCCUUGAACCCCAAAAAUUAAACCCCUUGCCUUUCCCCUCCCCCCCAUUUGGUGGCACGGGAGAAAAGUUCCCCCUUUCCCUUAAAAAAAUUCCCCCCGGGGGGGUUUUUUAAAAGAAAGAGUUUGGGGGAUGCGAUUAAAAGAGAUUAAGGAAAAACCCCCCCCUUUUCCCCUUUUUUAAAAAGUGGGGGGAAGUGGAAAAAAAAGAAUAGGUGAGGGCCCCAAAAAAUUUAAAGCGCGGAAACGAAAAGAGAAGGAAAAAGAGGAGGGGGGAGGGGAGGGGAAGGAGAGUGGAGGGGGAGGGAGGGAGGGGUGAGGGAAGGGUGAGGGGGAACAAGCCGGGUUGGGGGGAAAGAGGGAGGAGGGGGAAAAGGGGGGGGGGGGGGAGGGGGGGAGGGAAGGGGGGGAAAGGGGGGUGGGGGGGGGGGGGGGGGGGGAUGGGGGGGGGUGGGGGGGGGGGGGGGGUGGGUAGGGAGUGAGGCAGGAGGGAAGAAAAGGGGGGGAGGGGGAAAGGGAAAGGGAGAGGGAGGGGGGGGGGGGGAGGGGGGGUGGGGGAAAAGGGGUGGGGGGGGGGGGAAGGGGAAAAGGGGGGGGGGGGGGGGGGGGGGGGGAGGGGGGGGGGGGGGGGGGGGGGGGGGGGGGGGGGGGGGGGGGGGAAAGGAAAAUUGGGGGGGGGAGGGGGGGGGGGGAAGAGGGGGGGGGGGAAAAAGGGGGGGGGUGGGGGGUGGGGGGUUGGGGGGGGGGGGAGGGGGGUGGGGGGGUGGGGGGGGGGGGGGGGGGGUUGGGUUUGGGGGGGUUUUGGGGGGGUGGGGGUGGGGGGGGGGGGGGGGGGGGGGUGGGGGGGGUGGGGGGGGGUGGGGGAUUGGGGGGUGGGGGGGGGGUGGGGGGGUGGGGGGGGUGGGGGGGGGGGGGGGGGGGGGAGGGGGGUGGGGGGGGGGGGGGGAAAGGGUGGGGGGGGUGGGGGGGGGGUGGGGGGGGGGGGGGGGGGGGGGGGGUGGGGGGGGGGGGGAAUGGGGGGAGGGGGGGGGGGUGGGGGGGGGGGGGGGGGGGGGGGAAAGGGGGUUUGGGGGGGGUGGGGGGGGGGGGGGGGGGGUUGGGGGGGGGGGGGGGGGGUGGGGGGGGGGGGGGGGGGGGGGGGGGGGGGUGGGGGGGGGGGGGUGGGGGGGGGGUGGGGGGGGGUGGGGGGGUUUGGGGGGGGGGGGGGGUGGGGGGGGGGUGGGGGGGUGGGGGUGGGGGGGGGGUGGGGGGGGGGGGGGGGGGGGGGGGGGGGGGGGCGGUGCCUUCGUCUCUGCUUCUUCUCUGCUCGCCUCUCCUUCUUUCUCUCCCUUCUCCGGCUCCGUCUUCGUCUCUCGCGGCUUCUCGGUCUUUCUCGUGCUUCUCGGUCUUCUGCUGCUUCUCGCUCUCGUCUGCUCUGCUCUGUCUUUGCCGGUGGCCUCCUUCUCCUUGUUCGGCUUCUGUCUGCUUCUGCUCUUUGCGCUGCUCGCUCUCGCUCCUGGCUGCUCUCCUCGCGUUCGGCGUUGCGCGCGUGCCUUCGCUCGCUGCUUGGGUGGGCUCGGCUCUUCUUCGCUCCCUCUCUGCCUGUGGGGUCUGCCUCCUUCUUGCGCCGCGUCUCGUCGCGGCUUCGCUCUGCGCGCUUCCUCGGGCUUGCUCGCGCGCGCUGCCUCUGCUGCGCGGCUGCCGCUGUGGCGCGCGCUGCGGCUUCGCCGGCUGCGGGGGGCCGCUGCGUCGGGUCGCGCGCUGCGCUCCUCUUCUGCGCGCGUCUGCGGCGCUCGGGUGCGCGUCGCGCGGCCUCGGGCCUGGCUCUCGCGGUCUCGCGCUGCGGUCUGCGGCUGGCCGCGCUGCUGCUGCCGUGCUGCUCGCGGCUGCGCGGGGUUGCGCGCGUUGGCGGUCUGGCGCGGUCUGGGUGCUCUGCGCCUGGCUCGGGCGCGGCGCGGGGGCGCGCGGUGCGGCGGGCGGGCUCGGGCUUGCUCGGGAGCGCCGGUGCUGGGCUGGGCGGGCUGCUCAGCGCGUUGCUGGCAGCGGGCUGCGGCCGCUGGGCGAUGCGCCGGGCUGAGCGUGCUGGGGGCGUUCGGCUGCGGCGGGCUGCGCUCGGGGCUGCGGGGAGUGGCGCGGCGGGCGUGGGUGCGAGCGUGCGUGCUGCGGGAGGGUGGGAGAGGGUUGCAUGACUCGACAGUGGAUGCGGAGACGAUCUUGGCUGGGAGGGGUGAGGAGAGGGGGGUCGGGAGGGUUAGCUAGAGGGCGCUAAGGAUGAGACGUGUGGGAGGGGCGGGAUUGCGGCUUGAUCGCUGAUCGGCUUUGGUGGAGAUGGGCGUGCUGAGCGGUGCAGGAUGGUUUAGCGGUGCGCGCGGCUCCGCCUGGGCGGCUUGCGGCUCGAUUCUGCGCUCGCGGCUGCGGGGGCGCGCAGCGGGCUGCGCCGCGUGCAGAGCAGACGGGCUGCGCCUAGGCUGCGGCGCAGCGGGCUGCGGCAGCGGAUGCGCGCGGGGCUGGAGCUGUGCACGGCUGACGCUGGCGCUGUCGGCGCGGCGCGGCGUGGCUGCGGCUGCGGGGCUCCGGCGCGCGAGGCUGCGCGGCGUCGCGCGCGGGCUGCUGGCUCGCUUUCUCUCUGCUCAUCGGGCUGGCGCGCGGGCUUCGCGCUCUGCUUCCGGGCUCUGCGCGGCGCUCUGCGCUGCGCGACUCGCGGGGCUCUUGCGGCCGCGCUCCGCGGUGCCGUCGUGCUGCGCUCGCUGCGCGCCUUUGCAGGCACGCGUUCGCGCGUGCGCGCUGGCUCGCGGGCUGCUGGAGCUUCGCCGCGGCUCCGCGCGCUUGUGCUGCGUCGCGGCUUCGGGAUCUCUCGGAGAAAGAUAGGUAGGGUGAGAUAAGCGAUGAGGACCUGCUGACUUCCUUCUCUUUUUCUUCCGCUGCGCGGCGCUCCAUUGCUUGCGGGCUGCGGCCGGUGCUUGGGGCUCUUCGUGCGCGGCGCCUCUGCCGCUCCGCGGCCGCGGGCUCGCGCGCUUCUUUCUUCGGCGGGUCGUGGUUGCGGCGCCCUCGGGUGCUCGGGCUCUUCGCGCCGGUCUGCGCUCUGACGCGUGCGCGGCUGGCGACGAGGGCAUGCGGGUAUAGGAAUGAGGGCGAUGAGGGAUGAUGGGAUAAAGUAUUUCCUUUCUGAUAAUGGGAGUGCUUUGGUGAUGUCAUUAUAAAGUCAUGAGUGGUUCACGAAAGGUGAGGAUGGAAUGAGGAGGAAUGAGGAGGGAAGGGUACGUACGGUAGGUAUAUCAUGGUCCUCUGGGUCUUGGUAACCUAACCCACCAGGUUGCCAGGUUGGGAGGCAAUCAGCAAAGAUGAGGUCAUGAAGGGUAGACAUCACUCUUCUCCCAUGAUGCACUGACCUUUUUCCCUCUGUUCUUUUUUCUGCCCCUUUGCUCCUCUGUUCUCUUGUGUAGGGGAGCAGGGACGAAGGGGUGGAUGAAGACAGGAUUGAGAAAGACGCAAAGGUAACAGAAUCCAAUUAGCGGGUGGAUGAUCGCUAAGUGCUGCGCUAUAUGGCAAGACAUAAUACAUUUUGUCUUCAAGCGCUCAAAUAUUAGCAUGCUCACGAUAUGGCGCCAAACCAUUAACAUACAGUAGGCCUAAAGGACAAAGCAAGCUUCAAGUGUAUCAUAGUGAUCACUGAUAAAUGAUCGAUAUGAAAAAUUGGAUUUAGUACAUCUGCUUCCUGGAACGGAAAAUCCCAUGGACUUAAAAACUAACAUUCAUUUGUAGGUAUUUUGUUUUCAUACUUGGAUCAACGUUGUAGGCUACACGACAUUUAAUGAUUACACAUACAUGUAUAAUACAGGUCCCCUGCCUUUGUCAGCUGCUUCAUUGAUCAUGGCCUUAUUAUAUUCAGUGACUGGCUCCAAAACAUUUACAUUUCUUCAUAGAUCAUUGAUCAAACAUUGUAACUCCGGGUUACUACUUUCUACUGCAACUAAUAAAGGUUGUAUUAAACAGACAUUCUGAACACCAAUGACAGGAUUUGAGGCAAACACUUGCAUACCACACUUGUAAUAACAGUUUAUUAAAGCGCACUGAGCAAUGUUAUCAGUGGGGUACUUAUAUUUGUGUGUUUGUGUGUGUGUGUGUGUGUGUGUGUGUGUGUGUGUGUGUGUGUGUGUGUGUGUGUGUGUGUGUGUGUGUGUGUGUGUGUGUGUGCGCUUCAGGAACUGAUUGCUGCUGGCGAGGGGAAAGUUGGCACAAGCGAAGAGAAAUUCAUCAACAUCCUGGGCAAUAGGAGCCAUGAACACCUUCGACUAGGUGUGUGUGUGCCAUUUCGUUCAAUCAUUAAAACAGAAUUGCAUUCUGCACUUUUAUUAUAACAUCAAAUAACAUCAAAUUCUCAUAUGUAUUUUGUUUUUCAUUGCAAGUGUUUGACGCCUACAAGAAGCUGUCUGGCAAUGAUAUUGAGGACAGCAUUGAGGGCGAGACUACUGGAAACCUGGAGAACUUAAUGCUGGCAGUUGGUAAGACUCUACAAUGAUGACAAGCAGCCACAGUAAAGUUUAAAAAAUAUUUGAAAAAAAUAUACAAAACUAAAAUCUAACACAAUUAAAGAAUGAGAUUUCUGUAUUGCAUUUUGAUAAAUCAAACCUAAACCACCUAUCAGUCAAUACAUCUUGUACAUACAUGCUUUAUAUUGAAAAAUGAACUAAUUAUUUGGGAAUGUCAUCUUUCCUUUCCAUAGUGAAGUGUAUUAAGAGUGUCCCAGCCUACUUUGCAGAGUCCCUCUACAGGUCUAUGAGGGUAUGGUCUUUGUGUUGUCAUCUAUCAUCCCAUGGAGGAUUUACCAGAAAGUUUCAAUUACCACCGCAUAUCUCCAAAAAGUAUUCAGGAAGUUAGGUUUAGGCAUUUGUAAUUGUGAUGUCUAUUGUUUUUUUGUUAGCGUGCUGGCACUGAUGACCAGACUCUGAUGAGAAUCAUGGUGUCCAGGGCUGAGACAGACAUGCUGGACAUCAGAGCCUGGUUUAAGAAGAUGUAUGGGGCCUCUCUCUACACCACCAUUCAGGUAUACAGUGGGCUAGUCUCACCUCUAUCCAUUCUGGUACAAUAAGCUAGUCUCCUUUUUAACGAUUCAGGCACAAUGGUCUAGUCUCUCCCCUAACUGUUUGCAUAUAGGUUCAUUUUUAGGUACAGUGGACUAGUCUCUCCUCUAACCAGGUACAAUUCAAUAGUCUCACCUUUACCCCAAACGACUAACCAUAAUAAUCCACUUCUAUACUCAGCUUCCACCUAACAAGUGACACUAGAGAGCAGUGGAGGCUGCUGAGGGGAGGACGGCUCAUAAUAAUGGCUGGAAUGGAGUCAAUGGAGUGGGAUCAACCACAUCAAAGAUGUGGUGUCCAUGUGAGCCGUCCUUUCCUCAGCAGCCUCCACUGAUAGAGUCAUUAGAUAGAUUUGUGUCACAGCCAAUACACUGGGAAAUCACCUGAGUGACAGGUCCAUUAUUCCAGCUGCCUCAGCCACAAGCUCCCUAAAUAUUGUAGCGAGUGAGCCACUGUGACAAGCUUUUACUCUCCUGAGUCUCCUCCUAGGUUUUUAGCUCAUCAGUAUCUGGAUAGGAAGAAUAAAAUAGCUGGUUUCAUGGGAGAUGUUGAUACCACACUGGAGGCAGAAUGAUGAGGGCGUACUAGAGACUGGUGUAAUGCCAAAUGGAUAGGACCAGUGCAUACAUGCAACCUCCUGUCAUGCGUCCUUAUUUCCAACCCCGCCAUCUACAGCCUACAUCAUCCAUUCAUGACACUAUUAUUCAUGACUCAGCAUAACAUGCUGUCUGACUUGGUAAUAAUGAGUAGUCUUCCUCUCUGACUUGGUAAUAAUGAGCAGCCUUCCUCUCUGACUUGGUAAUAAUGAGCAGUCUUCCUCUCUGACUUGGUAAUAAUUAGUAGCCUUCCUCUCUGACUUGGUAAUAAUGAGCAGCCUUCCUCUCUGACUUGGUAAUAAUGAGCAGUCUUCCUCUCUGACUUGGUAAAAAUGAGUAGCCUUCCUCUCUGACUUGGAAAUAAUGAGGAGCCUUCCUCUCUGACUUGGUAUUAAUGAGCAGCCUUCCUCUCUGACUUGGUAAUAAUAAGCAGCCUUCCUCUCUGUCUUGGUAAUAAUGAGCAGUCUUCCUCUCUGACUUGGUAAUAAUGAGUAGCCUUCCUCUCUGACUUGGUAAUAAUGAGUAGCCUUCCUCUCUGACUUGGUAAUAAUGAGCAGCCUUCCUCUCUAACUUGGUAAUAAUGAGUAGCCUUCCUCUCUGACUUGGUAAUAAUGAGCAGCCUUCCUCUCUGACUUGGUAAUAAUGAGCAGCCUUCCUCUCUGACUUGGUAAUAAUGAGCAGCCUUCCUCUCUGACUUGGUAAUAAUGAGCAGCCUUCCUCUCUGACUUGUAAUAAUGAGCAGCCUUCCUCUCUGACUUGGUAAUAAUCACUUGCGUCAGGUUGACAAUGUGCAGUAUGACAGACAUUUGUUUACACAACCAUUGUGAAGACACUGCACAAUGGUUUUGUAAACCUUUUUUUGCAGAAUAACUCUGUUGUAUCAGAAAAAUAUCUAUCAAAUGUGUUGUACAUCAGCUGUACAACCUGAGUAUACAGGACCUAUGUAAUCCAUAGGCUGAUUGUCUGUUUGGUAGUGCUGACAACACCUUUCAUGCCAGUCUGUGUUUAUUUGUUUACUCAUUCCCAGGAGGACACCACUGGGGACUACGGAAAGGCCCUGCUCUACCUUUGUGGAGGAAAUGACUGAGGACUUUUUGAUGAUGUGGCACUGUAUGAUGAUGCGUGAUAGCGCUGCAAUGAGCUACACCUGAUACUCUGUCAGUCAAUUAUCAUUAAUUAACACUUGAUUUUAUUGGCUUCUGUUCGACGAUUGGCUUAAGUUACCACUUCAUUGUAUUGGCUAUGUAUCUUGAUUGCCCACAUUCAACACAUAAUGAACUCAACACUGUGUGCCCUCUUUUUUCUUAUAUUGUUCAAAUACUCUGUCCUUUAUUUGACUGUUAUGGU